AUGACUAUGUCUGCUCCAACUUCUACCAUCAUCUAUCGCAACAGAAUAUCUCUCAAGGGCAAAAAACCAUACAAGAGUUGGAUCAAAGAUGGUGUCAAUGGUGGCCCUUCUUCCAUGGACGUCCUUAUUAAAUGGCUGUCCUAUAGGCCAAACUACAAAAAAUGGAGAAGAGAGGACUAUUCCAUGGAUCGAGUACCAAAGAAAGAUUUGCUGGAGGAGAUCAUUGAUAAAUUACGACAAGUUGGCAUAUAUCAUCGCUUAGCAAAAGAUGUCGCAUCCAAGAUAUCCACCUUGCAAAGCAACUAUCGUUUGACACGCAAAUGGAGCGAAACUGAAGGAUACAAGAUCAAGUAUCAAAUGGGUGGCGAAAAAGCGCUGCACGAUGAACUGGUCAAAAGAUUCCCCUACUGGGAUCAUCUACAUCCUGUCUUUGGUUUCAGCAACUCUGCCAUGGAUCUCGAUAAUUUAGUGCUCAAAUCUCCCUCUCCUUCUUCAAGAUGUCGUCAAAAUUCUAACGAAAGCAUUCAUUCAGCAACCACUAAUACUACAAACGAUGAUGAUUUAGAAAGAUUCUUGCAUUUCGAUAGAAGAAAAGAAAUGGAAAGAAUGCAGAAAUCAAGAGACAUGCUCUACGUUCUACGACAAAAGAAACAAGAGAAGCAACGCAGAGAAGAACAACUGUCUUUUCAACACGAGAAGCUGCAGGUUGAAAAAGAUUUCAUGAAUUGCCUGUACAAAGCAGGUUUUACUCCUACUGAGGCUCUAUGCUACAUCAAGUAA